AGUAACCAUAUCCUGCAACUCCCUUUUCUCUCUCUCUUCUGUUUUUGUUUCUUUCAAUUCAAAUUCUCACAACACUUUUUCUUCUCUUUCAAUUAUACACACUCUUCGUCAUCCACUAUUUGCAGAACUGCACUUACAGAUACUUUCGUCAUAUCUAUCCCACAGGUCCCCCCACAUUCAUGAUUGUGGUCCUAUUCUUUCUUUGAUUUAACUUUUACAUUUUUAUGUCUGUUUCCACCAACAAUCAACCCAGUACUGUUGAUGGCGGUGGGGGAAGCGGCGGCGAAGAUGAUGCCGUUGGUGGUAGUCGGUGUAAGGAGAUGGAUGAUUCAGAAGAAGAGGAAGGUGAUAACAAUAAGGAUUUUAGAAAGAAUAAGGGAAAAAGGGUAACUUGUUUUCGGUUUAGAAAGGUUAAAAGUACGUUGUUGAGGAGGAAACGAAAAGGGGUUUCUGGAAAUUCGGAGAGAAGAAGGGAAGGAAGUGGCGGAGGAGGAGGAGGGUGUUACUUGUGCUUGAGGAGACCGCUGACUUCGGAUUCAGGCGGUGAGUCACAAACGAGUGAUCCUAAUAGCCCCAAUUUUACUUAUGAGAUGUUAAGAGUUUUGAUUGAGAAGAAUGAUUUUUAUUCUAAUGAAUGCAAUCCCCAUUUGGAUGUAGAAUCUAAGCCCUGCUCUAAUCAAGAUGAUAAAGAUAAAUGAAAUGUGAUUAAAAUAAAAGGAGAAUUUUUGGAUGAUAAUGCAAUUUGAUUCCUUGUGUUGCAUUCUGGGUGAGUAUAGAACUCAGAGGCUUCGAAAUGCCAACAAUUUGUGCAAUCGAGUGAGAAUUAUUAGUCGUGGCGGCCUAGUAGUUCUUGGUUUGUUUUGAGUCAUUUAGCAGUCAAAACACUGUAUUUGAACUCCGAAGCUCGAGGGGGUGAAAUAAUUCUGUAGUUUUAGUUUGUGUUUAUUGUGUCUGGUGUAUGAUUCUCAAUUUGGAGAGUUGAAAAUCAUUUCUAUCAGAUUGAGAGCAUAGCUAUUAGAAAUUCGGAAUAGCAAUCCGAAGGAAAGUUACAUUUCUGGGUAAUUUUUUUGACUUUGAGAAUUUUCCUAUGUGGAAUAGAAAUUUUCAGAAAGUGGGACGGGGUGGAUUUAUAUUUGAAAAAGAUUGAGGUGAAGCCAGAGAAACUGUCCAUCCAAUUGCUCUGUGGUGGAUGACAACUCGAGUACGAGGUAUAGAACUUGAUUGAACGAAACUAUUCUUUAUGCAAAUGAAUCAGACUUUGCAGUGAUCACCUCUUGUAGCAACCAUAAUCCUGUAAUGUUCUACUUCAAUUGUGUUCAGCAUUUAGUUUUUAGAGCCAUAAUUUGUAAAGAAGUACCGGCCACAGUUCACACUGUAUAUGAAGGUGGAAAUAUUGCAUAUCUAUGAAUCAUGUAAUUGCUUUUGAUGUAAA